UUUCUCUUUUUGUAUUUUUUUAAUUGAAUGAAAAGGAUCAACAGUUAGCCGAAAGAAAGGACAAAGCAAAGGCAAAUAAUGUUCAAGAAACAGACGCAUUUAUAUUUUCUUCAUCUUGCUUUCAUUCAACGUAUUUGAGUGCAUUAUAACUUUAGUUAUCAAAGGUUUGUGUGAAAUGAAGGAUCUAGAACAACAGAGAGAACAGAGAAGUCAUAAUGUUUGUGAAAGAAUUCUGUUUCGUAAAGACAAUGGUCGUGUUUAAUGCCGUAGGAAGUUAAAUGUUUGGAAAGUGAUCAGUGUUAAGACACAAGAUCCCAUUGCACUCUUUCUGGUUUACAGUAGGCUACUCGCUUAUUACCCAACCUGUUCCUUGUUACUAUGGCCCCACCCACUGAAUGAGUGCAAAAUGUUUUCACCUGCAAGGCAAGUUCAGGUAUUCAGCAAUUGUCCAUAGGUUUCUAUUCUGCGAAAGUGGGAGUUACAGUAUUCUGUUUCACAGUUUUUACAGUAUAUGGUACCCAUGCUAGUAGUUGUUCAGAGCAUUACAGACAUGCCUAUGCUGUUUACUCUCUCUCUCUCUCUCCUUUUCACAUUUAGAACUGGCAUAUUUAAGUUUGAUGAGAAUUAAAAAAAAAUGUUUUCUGGAGAAGUCAUGUAAACUGGUGAUGUUUAUCUCUUUUUAACCUCUAUAUUUCAUACCCUUCCUUCUCUCUGGAAUUCUCCCCUCUCUCACUUCACACUUGAAUUUACACUCUUUCCAUUUCCCUCGUUUUCCUUUCACACCUCUAUUUAUGAAUGGAUACAAUCUCGUCUACUGUUUCUCCAACACACUUUCUGUUUUUUUUUCUGCUCUUUGAUUAUUUCUUGCCAUGUUUCCUUUGACAAUUGUACUUGUUCCAUAUUUCUGAUAGCUUCUUGCCUUCCUAGUCUGUCCAUUAAAUGCUUCUUUUUCUCUACUGUCUCUGAGCUUCUUGGAACCUGUCUCCUCUCGCUCUCAUUCUCAGACUUAUCUUUCUCCUUUUGUUGUCUAUCACUCUAUCGCUCUUCUUGUCUGCCCCUUAUGGCUGCCGCUGCCACUUCUCUGGAAGAGGACUUGUCGUGCAGCAUAUGCUGCGACGUCUUCCAGGAGCCCGUGCUGCUGAGCUGCGGCCACAGCUUCUGCAGGAAGUGCCUGAGCCGCCACUGGAGCUCCAGCCCGGGCCGCCGUUGCCCCGUCUGCCGACGCCCCUCGCCCCAGGAGCCCGUCCCCAACAUCAGCCUGAGGAGCACCUGCGAGUCCUUCCUGAAGCAGCGGCAGCAGCAGCAGCAGCAGAAGGACUCUAGGGAAGCCUGUCGAAGGAGGGGAGGGGAGAAAGCGGAGGAGAAGGGGGAAAGGCUGUGUCUUCAGCACAGACAGAAGCUGCAGUUUUACUGUGAGACAGAAGAGAAGCUCAUUUGUUUGCAGUGUAAGAGGAGUCAGCAGCACAGGGACCAUCGCGUGUUGUCUGUGCAAAAAGCUGUGAAGGAACGCAAGGAAAGGCUGGCUGCUGCCUCAAAGCCUCUGAGAGAGAGACUGGAUGUUGUGAGGAGUGAAUCAGCUGCAGAAACACACAUAAAGGCUGUUGUAGGAAUGUGUGACAGGCAGAUCCGGCAAGACUUUACGAAGCUCUUUGCCUUCCUGCAAAAGGAACAGAUGGCGCACCUGGAGGCUUUGUGGGAAGCUGGGAUAUUAGAGACCCAGUUGGCAAAGGAGGCCUUCAAGACUGAGGCCACCCUACUUUCCGACCAAGUGCAAGAAGUAGAUGAAAUGGCACGCAAGGAUGACAUUUCUUUCCUGCAGGAGUUCAAGGACUUCACCGUCGCGAUGAGUACACAGCUCAGCCAUCAAAUGCAGUGUAGAUGCGCCAUGAUUGAUGUCCCCAGACGUAUUGGCAACCUGAGAUUCAACGUCUGGAAGAAGAUGAAGGAAGUUGCUCCCUGCUACCCAGUGAUCCUGGAUUCCAACACCCAUCUACCUGUGUCAGACGACUUGACCCGCAUCAUGGCCAUGCCCGUCUUGGACCCUUCCUUUUCACUGUCCAAGGCCUAUGGCAUUAUUAAGGGUUCCAGUGCCCUCAGUGAUGGCUCUCAUGUCUGGGAUGUCCACAUCGGUGACUGCUCGGACUGGGUGGCGGGCGUAACGUCUCCUCAGCACGUGAACAGUAAUUGCAGUGGUCUUUCGCUGUGUUGCAAUCACUGGGGGAUCCGCCGAACGCAAAACCAGUACUUCAGUCUCACGAGCGCCCCCACCAGCCCGUUCACCCCUCUUGAGAUGCCCUCAACCAGCGCCCUCAAGGUGCUGAGAGUCAAGCUGACUUGGGAUGUUGGCCGCCCGGGAUUUUCACUCGGACGUUGCGUGCGGAGGUUGACAUUCUGCGAUGCUCGGGAUGUCAGGGGAUCGGCCAUUUUCAGCAUGCUGCUGCCCCACCACACAGGGGCGCUCUACCCCUUUCUGUGCCCAUGUGCACAGGGGGCUGAGCUGAGGCUUGAGCCUGCUGAGGUGAGGGUGGAGGUGAGGGAGGUCCUGGGGUUCUGGGAGCGGUAUAGGUAUGAGGUCAUCCUCUAUGUGUUUGCUGUCAUUCUUAUCACAAUAGUGUGUUUGUUUCUAUGGACAAUUUGUUAGCGUAAUUAUUAUCAUAUAAUUAUAAUAUAAACAUUAUCAUGUUAUUCUUCACAUCUUGACAUAUUGUAUCGAUGCUAAAAUGCUAUAUCAUGGCGAUAGGGCUGGGGCAUACCAGUUCAAUUAUACUUAAUUUAUACUUUGCAUGGUAUGUGAUAUUUUUGCUACUUUAAAGUAUACCAAAGUGUAUGCCACAAAUAGUGAUUCAUGAGUAUUUGGAAUACAGUUGCAGUACAAUGCAAGUGAAAGAGAAUGUGAUAAUCCACAAAUUUUGUAAACCUGUAAUUAGCUGCAAAAAGGACAUAGACAACAUAUCAAAUGAUGUUGCAGUGACGUUAGCUAGAUGUACAGUCGUACUUGUUUAUAAUGCGGAAAUGUUUUGGCUACUUGUGCUAAACAUGGAAACUACUAUGAAACAGAGAGUACAAUGUAUUUGAUGGAAUAAAAAACAUAUGAUAUUGUGGCUGACACAUUCUGCUUUUGUAAUAUAGAACAAAAAAAUAGUUUCUAUACGACCCCCUACGAGAUCAGAAAUA